UGUAUUAUCCAUGAUUUCCGUCUUUUUAACACGUCCGCUUUCCCGUCUCUGGUUGCAGUGAGUCUGGGUUUCUUUGACGACAUUCUGAUCCCGCCUUCGGCGCUGCAGCAGCCGGCCCGGUUCGACGAGGCCGAGCAGGUCUGGAUCUGGGAGUACGAGGACGGCAAACACAGCCUCUUCAUGGACCCCGGUGAGGAGGUUCGGUUCCGCGUGGCGGCCGAGACGUUCACGGACACAACGCCGGCCGGUCCGGAGCGGAGCCCGGCAGAGCCGUCCGCGCCGCCCGCCGACCCCGCGGCCGGCCAGCAGCGCCACACGCCCUACCUCAUCACGGCUACCGUGAACGAGCCAGGUCUGGGACUGCUAUCCUGGUGGGCCAACCUCAGCUGACCGCUGUGACCUGACAUGACCUGACCCAGCAGGAUACUCAGUGGUCGGCACUCAGCGGGACCCGAUCUGAACCGACCCGUCGGGACUCCCGACGCCCAGCAGUCAGUGGACCUGACCUCACCUGAUUCAACGUGACCUGACCUGACCGGCCAGGACCCUCGGUGUCACUUCACGAGGUCAGGUCACAAUAUCGUUCACAGCCUCGUGCCCUGUGAGAACUGCAGCUGUGAGAAUGCAUGCGGAAAUAUCUGCGAGAAUACCUGUGAGAACAUGAGACAUCCGCUGUGUGAGCACCGGUGAGAACAUCAGUGAGAAUACCACAGUGCCGUCCCCGAACUACCUUUAGCGGGAUCCCGCUGGGGAUUACCCUGACACGCUGAGACUGUACAUGUACAUGUAUUGUCGGGUUACGACAGAGAUCCAGAGAGACGGAUGGAUCCCAGAGGCCAGAGGGUGGUUUGAGCCGAUGGGGUCGUGUCGUACCAGAAGUGCCGUGCUGUUACGUGUCGUGUCGUGCCGUACGGUACCGAACUACGACCGUGUCGUACCCAACUAGACUGUACUGAUACCCCGUCGUGCAUUUGGUUUCAAAGCGUUGUUGUAAUUGACGAUCAUUGGAAGGAUUCGUUGGAUAAACCUUUCAGUAAUAUAAAAGUUUUUUUUGUGA